CCCUGGCGAAUGCGCGAGCAUCGCCACGCGCCGCUGUCACCGCCAUGUAGCCCCGGCCCGAUCGAUCUGUUUGCGCUCGCUCAGUCAGUCAUGGAUCCGUGGCGUGAGUCUCAGGCUCGCGAGGUGGGUGCUGUCGAGUCCCAGCUUCUCUUGGCGGAGUCCCUCUCGGUGGUGCUAGAUCCAAGGAUCCGCCUUUGAUCCAGGGGUAGCAGCAGGAUCUAGGUCCAGGUCAAUCACAGGAUCAGGAUCUAGAUCCAGGUCAAUGAGCAGGAUCUAGAUCCAGGUCAAUGAGCAGGAUCUUGAUCAGGGGUAGCAGCAGGAUCUAGAUCCAGUUCAAUGAACAGGAUCUUGCUCAGGGGUAGCAGCAGAUCUAGAUCCUCGUUUUUGCAGACAUGGUGGAGCUUUUGGAUAAUGCCAUUGUCAAGGAACUGUGCCACUUUCAUCGAGAUCGACAAAGUCACCAAUUUUCGCGACAGAAGCCCAGGUCUUCUUCUCUCCCAACUCUAUCAGCCAGUUUCGAGGAGGAGGAGGAGGAGAUGAUCCAGCCGCUUUCAAAUUCCACAAGGUUUGCACCACAGGACACGCUCCAGCGUCACUGGGACGUGAGCGGUGCUUUCAGGCCGAUCAGGGAUGGUCUAGGGAUUCCCACGGGCUUCUUCCUGACGAGGAGGAGGAGCCCGGAUGAUCUCGCCCCAUGAUCCGUGGAGUAGCAUCGACUGGCUCUGGCACGACCCCAGUAUCACCGAGAGUGUGAUGACGAGCGUGAAGAGGAGGAUGCCGAUGGUAAAGGUGGAUAAAAAUAUAUAGGCAAGAGACGUUGGAGUAUAAAAGGGCAUUUUGUUCCAGGAGCGACUGAGCUGGGAGCGCCAAAGCCCUAGGCAAUGGGGAAGGGUGCUAUCGGAAGAGGAAGAGCGCUAUCGGAAGAGCGCUAUUGGAAGCCGGAGAUGGAAAUGGAGCUGGAGCGUGCAAUCCAGGUGAAAAUGGAGCAGCAGCAGAAGGUAGAGGAGCCGGAGCUCACCCUUGUGGAGGAGCAGGAGCCGAAGGUAACCCUUGUGGAGGAGCAAGAGCUCACCGUUGAGAAGCCCAAACGCAUCCUGGAGGAGUUGGAGGAGACUGUAGAAAAACCGGAGUGCGUCCACAAAAUCGAUGAGCUGCAGGUAAAGGAGUUGGAGGAGUUUGAGGAGCAGCAGAAGCUCCAACUCCAGCUCAAGUACUUGAAAAGUCUAGUGGACGUUUUGGAUGACAUGUGUGUGCUAUUCUACAAUGCUGAAAACUCCUCAGAGGAGCUACAAACUAUCAAGGCAUGCGUUGAGACAACAUCACAAGGUAUCUGGGCGUUAAUGAAGCAUGAGAUGAAGGACAGUGAGAAGAUGGCUCAAACAGCUGACAGGAUUAUCAACGGUUAUAAAGAAACCAAAGACAAGAAAAUCCUUCUGGAGGAAAUCCUGGCCCAAAUGCAAAGGCAACUAAAAAACUUGGAGGCGUCAAAGCUGCAGACAGUGGACCCAAGGCAUACAACCUCUCAGCUGCGUCUGAAGGAAGCCAUUGAGAGAUUGACUACAAGAAAUGGAAUUCUUUCAAAUGUAAAGCACGUGAAGCAGCUUCAAGACGAAUACUACGCAAUUACUAGAGAGCUGCGGGGGUUUUAUGCGUCUUGUCGUGCUGCUAAGAAAAAACGCACUCUUUAGGCGCACUGGAUCUCCAGCCGGGUUUCAGAACAAAAGAAAAUUGGCCAUCGCCUUAGUUGGCUGCUGAGCUUUCGAAGUUUCAUUCUCAGGCAAAGAAACCGACAGAAGCGACGAGGGGAAGCAGUUCAGCACGCAUGCCGUGCUUGAAGUUUCUCUUCAACAUCAUAGCAAGCUUAUAAGAUUACAUUCGACUGUAAGUUUUCCUCGUUUUGCUUUAUUUCUUUUACUUGUUAAGGUUACUGUC